AUGGGUUCCUUCGAAUUGCUUCCACCAGACUGCCCCCUGCGUCGCGAUGUACUGCUUGUAUGCAUUCCCACAGAUCCCAAGCCCGAAUGGGUUGCUGAAGUCGAGGCCAGAUAUCCGGGACUCAAAGUCCGGUGGAUCGAACAAGAGCUAUAUGGGGGCAACGGCUGUGUCUUUACGGAAGGGUACUUGGAGCUGCCCCCGGAGUACUUUGAAGGCGUCACCAUGGUCAUGUCUUAUCUACCUCCACGUCCAGAGAACAUGAAGGGUGUCCGGUUUGUGCAGCUCACAUCUGCAGGAGCGGAUCGAUGGACUACACACGAGAAGUACAAGGACCCCAGUGUGUCGUUUUGUACUGCGAAUGGCAUUCAUUCUACACAAAUAUCAGAAUGGGUCAUUGGCACGUGGCUAAUGGCUCAGCACCAUUUUCUUCGCGCCCACAAAUUCAUGCGGGAGCACCGCUGGGCGAAAGCAAGUGAAUUUCAGCCCACUGAGGACAGCCCAGGUCUUCGCAUGGGUAUACUCGGUUACGGUGCCAUUGGGCGUCAGUGCGCCCGUGUUGCCAGCGCCCUGGGCAUGGAGAUAUACGCAUACACCCGAACAGAACGUCGAACACCUGAGCAGCGACGUGACGAUUCAUAUUGUCUUCCCGGCACCGGGGACCCUAAUGGUAUCCUCCCAUCAAGGUGGUUCCAUGGCAAGAGCACCGAUGACCUUAACGAGUUUUUGGCUUCGGAUCUCGACAUCCUGGUCGUUUGUACCCCCUUGACAGACGCCACGCGGCAGCUUCUUAGUUACGAGCAGUUCAAUGUCUUGGCUGAGAGCAGGGACUCUGACUACUUUUACAAGAUCAACAAGAAGAGCCACACACUUGCCAGUCGAAACGGUAUGGGGUAUGCAAAUAUGUGUGUCGACGGUAACUCCAACGGAUAUCUGGGCGGUGUUCUUGACGAAACAAUGGGAGAGGACAUUUAUGACUCUAACGCCGUGACCAACGCUUUUGUCAAUGGCCAUCACAUCAAGCGACCUUCGGUGGGACACAUGCCCAGUCCGCCAUAUGAUUCGGACGACGGCAUGCAGACUCCCGACAGUAGCAUGUCCAGCGGAGGCUACAGCGAUGAUCAAGGCAACGACUACCUGAGCUCAGGGGGUAUCCACUCACACCGCCCGACCGGCGGCCAGCUAAACUUAAACUCGUGCGUCAAGGGCGCCAAGCGCGGGACGUUCGUUUGCAACAUCUCCCGCGGUCCCGUCAUCGACACCGCCGCCCUCAUCGACGCCCUCGAGACGGGCAAGAUCCGCGGCGCGGCCCUCGACGUCACGGACCCGGAGCCGCUGCCGGCGGACCAUCCGCUCUGGGACCACCCGGACGUCUUCAUCACGCCGCACAUUAGUUGGAUCACCCCUUGCUACUGGGACCGGCUGCUGAGGAUCAUGGAGGAAAAUUUGAGUCGCAUGUGCCAGGAGAAGCCGUUGCUGAACUUGAUGAAUCGCAAGGAGCAAUAUUAA